AUGAAUUCUACUGUUCGACAGUUUCCGACCAUCAAAGCAGUCAGGUCGUUUAUCAUUGGCGGCGUCGGAUCCGGCGGUGACUAUCAUAAUGUCAAAGGCGGUCAUUGGCUCAUCGAUUCCGAUAUCUCAACACCAUGUUCGAUAUGGCCACAAUACCGCAAAUCGCGAACCAGCUGGGGCAUAAAUGUUUUAGGCUCAUUUAUCGUCGAAAUUGAGGUUACUGAUGGUACAGUCGGCUUCGCCACAGGAUUCGGAGGUCCGCCUGCUUGUUGGCUGGUUCACCAGCAUUUCGAGCGCUUUCUCAUUGGCGCCGAUCCUCGAAACACAAAUUUAUUGUUUGAGCAAAUGUAUCGCGCCUCGAUGUUUUACGGCAGAAAGGGUCUGCCAACGGCCAUCAUUUCAGUCAUUGACCUGGCCUUGUGGGAUCUUCUCGGAAAAUUACGAAACGAGCCUGUUUACAAACUCAUCGGCGGCGCCAUGAAGGAGCGCAUAAACUUUUACUGCACUGGCCCAGAACCAACAGCAGCCCAAAGAAUGGGCUUUUGGGGUGCCAAGGUUCCUCUGCCGUAUUGCCCGGAGGAAGGACACGCCGGGUUGCGGAAAAAUGUCGAGUUCCUGCGAAAGCAUAGAGAGGCAGUCGGUCCCGAUUUUCCCAUCAUGGUCGACUGCUACAUGAGUCUCAACGUCUCAUACACAAUCGAUUUGGUCAAGGCUUGCCAGGAUCUCAACAUCAAUUGGUGGGAAGAGUGCCUGUCUCCAGACGACACGGAUGGCUUCAAACAGAUCAAGCGAGCGCAUCCGACAGUCAAGUUCACAACCGGUGAGCAUGAAUUUUCAAGAUACGGCUUUCGCAAGCUUAUUGAGAGCCGCAACCUCGAUAUCAUUCAGCCCGACGUCAUGUGGUUAGGCGGCAUGACUGAGUUACUCAAGGUUGCCGCCAUGGCUGCCGCAUAUGACAUACCUGUCGUACCACAUGCUAGUGGACCAUACAGCUAUCACUUUGUCAUCUCACAACCCAACACACCUUUCCAAGAAUAUCUAGCCAACUCGCCGGAUGGCAAGAGCGUUCUACCUGUCUUUGGUGAUUUGUUCAUUGAUGAGCCUAUCCCCAACAAGGGCUACUUGACCAGCACAGAUUUGGAUAAACCGGGAUUCGGCCUGACUCUCAAUCCUACAGCUCGCGCAAAAUUGAUUUCUUCAGACUAUUUGUUGAAUCCGCCUCCAGCUCCUGCGCUGAAGCUAGCCGAUGAUGGACUAAAAGAGUCAGAAAUCCACACCAACGGGCAUCUAAAUGGACAGCCCUAG